GAGCCAGGGAGUGGGAGAGAAACAGAGGGAUGCUGCAGAGGUCACUCAUGUCGGAGGAGUUUGCAGCCUGAGCCUCUGUGAGCAGGAGGUAACGGGAUACCAAGCCGUUGCUGAAUUGUUGGGGACAAUCUCCAGCAGCACUGAGCCAGGGAUUCAUUGUCAGUACCUUUCCUCAGACUGCCAUCUGUCAGCCAGCCCCUAAAGCUCCUAUCAUGUCCACCAUGGUCUGUCCGAGGGAGGAGAAGCUGGAGAAACUGACGCAGGAUGAGAUAGUGAUGAACACAAAGGCUGUGAUCCAAGGCCUGGAAACCCUGCGGAGCGAGCACACAUCUAUCCUCAGCUCCUUGCUCGACACCAUCCACUCCCUGCACAAGGAGCAAGACCCAAACGUGGUGCAGGAGAAAUCAUCACUCCUCCAGAAAUCCCUCGAGAACAUCGAGCUGGGGCUCGGUGAGGCUCAGGUGAUUAUUGCCCUGUCGACCCACUUGAACACAGUGGAGUCGGAGAAGCAGAAGCUGCGAGCCCAGGUCCGGAGGCUGGUGCAGGAGAACCAGUGGCUCAGGGAUGAAUUGGCUGGGACCCAGCAGAAGCUGCAGCACAGUGAGCAGGCUGUCGCUCAGCUGGAGGAGGAGAAAAAGCACCUCGAGUUCAUGAACCAGAUCAAGAAAUUCGACGAGGACGUCUCUCCCUCGGAUGAUAAAGGAGGAGAUUCUGCGAAGGAUGGACUGGACGACCUGUUCCCCAGUGAUGAACACGCACCAGGACCCCAGGCCCACCCAGUGGGCGAUGCUACACAGCAUGGUGGUUAUGAAAUCCCGGCCCGACUGCGUACUUUACAUAACCUGGUGAUCCAGUACGCCUCGCAGGGGCGCUAUGAGGUGGCAGUGCCCCUGUGUAAGCAGGCUCUUGAGGACCUGGAGAAAACCUCUGGACAUGACCACCCUGAUGUGGCAACUAUGCUGAACAUCCUCGCUCUGGUCUACAGGGACCAGAACAAGUACAAGGAAGCUGCUCACCUACUUAAUGAUGCUCUGAAUAUUCGAGAGAAAACCCUCGGCAAGGAUCACCCGGCAGUGAGUGAGCCCCCCCCCCCCCUCCAACCUCCUCCGCAUCGACAGACCCGUACCCCGCCCCGUGUUAUACAGCGACAGACCCGUACCCCGCCCCGUGUUAUACAGCGACAGACCCGUACCCCGCCCCGUGUUAUACAGCGACAGACCCGUACCCCGCCCCGUGUUAUACAGCGACAGACCCGUACCCCACCCCGUGUUAUACAGCGACAGACCCGUACCCCGCCCCGUGUUAUACAGCGACAGACCCGUACCCCGCCCCGUGUUAUACAGCGACAGACCCGUACCCCGCCCCGUGUUAUACAGCGACAGGCCCGUAGCCCACCCCGUGUUAUACAGCGACAGACCCAAAGCCCACCCCGUGUUAUACAGCGACAGACCCAUAGCACCCCCACCGCCGUGUUACACAGCGACAGACCCAUACCCCACCCCGUGUUAUACAGCGACAGACCAGUACCCUCCCCGUGUUAUACAGCGACAGACACAUGCCCCACCCCGUGUUAUACAGCGACAGACCCUUGCCCCACCCCGUGUUAG